AUGAAGCCAUUAUCAACACUCGCUCUCCUGCCUCCCAUCGUGGAGUUGACUUUGGCCUUCGCCUCCAGCCCAAAGACGCCUGAUAGAUCUUACUGCACCAUUUUUAAACGACCUGCGUUUUACCAUCAGAACUGCCGCCCAGACCUUCCCUAUACCUUCAUGGAUGAUGGCGCCCCAGAGGAGUCAACCCCGAUCCGGGCCAACAACUCUCUCCUAGAAUAUGCCUAUACUUCUCUUGCUACCAUGCAGAAUAGGUUCUUCGUUCCCUACCAAGGCACUUGGCCACGCGCAAUCGACUGGACGGCGGCCUUCAUUCACACUUCGUUAUCAGCUUCGACCAACUCAUUAUCCAAGGCCCUCGCCGAACCCCAGGCUAAGGGCAUCGAGGACAGCAUGAUCUGGAAUAUGGUAGACAAGUAUUUUUCACAAAUUGUUGGCUUUUACUUUGGCCAAGACUAUAUAUCACUUCGGCACCAGGCCUUUGACGAUAUUCUCUGGGUCGUCUUGGGCUGGCUGGAGUCUACCAACUUUAUUAAGUCUCAUUCCGAGCUACACUACCCACGCGACGGCAGGUGGGAUGCCGACGCCCCUCCCAACUUGCGGGAUGCUUUGAUCAACCAGCCGUGGCAUGGGAACCAAUGGACCGAAGCAUUCGCUCAUCGCGAGCGCACUUUCUGGGAACUGGCUACGCAAGGAUGGGGCGAGGACCUGUGUAAUGGUGGCAUGAACUGGAACCCCCGGUUUUUGACCUAUAAAAACGCCAUUACCAAUGAGCUUUGGAUUUCCGCAUCGGCCAAGAUGUACCUCGACUUCCCCGGCGACAAGAUAGCAUCUCCCGUGUCCCUGGACGACGACAAGCUUGCCGGCAGAAACCGAACCUUUCUGGAGGCGGCAAUGAAAGGGUACGAAUGGCUGAUGAAUGUCAAUAUGACGAAUAACGCCGGUCUCUUCGUAGACGGAUUCCAUAUUUCGAAUAGGUUGCAGAAUAACACGAAAUGCGACCUGCGUGAUGAAAUGGUUUAUACCUACAACCAGGGCGUGCUUCUCACCGGCCAACGCGCCCUUUGGGAUGCUACCGGGGGUGUUGCCUUCCUCCGAGACGGUCAUCAUCUUAUCCAAUCCGUCAUUAAAGCCACCGGCUGGGACCUUAAGAAGAGCAGGCCCUCUGACAAGACCAACCCCGGAAAACUCCCACCGUGGCGUGGCCUGGGAAGGGGAGGUAUUCUCGAAGAGGCAUGCGAUACGACCGCGCGAUGUUCACAAAACGGCCAGACCUUCAAGGGCAUUUACUUCCACCACCUCACUUAUUUUUGUGCGCCUCUUACCGAGAGUCUUGAGGAGGUCGAUGCCCACGCCUUUGAGCUCCUUGAGAAAGCCCACGCCGAAGCUUGCAAGAACUACGUUCCCUGGGUUGCGUACAACGCCGAGGCGGCGCUGAGCACUCGCGACGAAAAGGGCGUCAUGGGCAUGUGGUGGGGUGCCGAGAAAUGGGGCCAGGACCCAGAGGUGUGGGGUUCAGAAGGGGGCAACACCUAUGAUCCCAACAAUAACAGCGUGAUUGAUUACAGGAAUUUUGGUGUUCCGAAGGAUAACGUAUGGACCAAGCCUGGCGCUGGUUCGGAAGUUAUUCCCGGCGUCGAGCUCGACGAUAGAGAGGGAGAGGAAGACGUCGCCACCUUCAAACUAAGAGAGGCGAACUCCCAGCAUCACAUGGCCAGCAGUAGCAGCAUAUCUACGAAACCCCAUCUGAAGGACCCGAAUACUCGAGGCAGAGGCAGAACCGUAGAGACGCACAACUCAGGAUUAGAGGUGGUACGGGCAUGGUAUGAGCUUUCCCAGGCAUAUGGCGAUAAGAGAGGCACGACGGGCUGGCGUUUCGGCAUCCAAUGGAUCUUCUCGAGGCUUUGGAGGAUUAGGGCAUUGGGCCCAUUCCUUUUCUUUUAA